CGCGCUCCGGACGGGAUGAGCGUCUGGUCCGGCACGGUGGCUUUGGCCAAGGCUUGCGUGGAGGUGUCCAAGCACCAGCGGGAAUUCCAGAGGCGCGGAUCCAAGCGGCACAAAGGCCGCUCCGGAGCCGCCACGGCCGCGGCCGCUCCACAGCCCCCGGGCGUGGACGUCCACGCCGACCUGUUCGUCAACGGAACGUCCUACGGGAUCCUGCGCGACGCGCUCCAGACCGGAGCUGCCAGUCCGCUGCGCCUCAAGUGCCGCGAAUUCCAAGCCGAGGAACUCUCGGCGUCCGGGAUCGUGGCUUUGUUGGAAUCCUUGGAUCCGUCCUUCCUGCGGAGAGUGGAUCUGCGAUUCAACAACUUGGGAUUGGCCGGGCUCUCGGUGAUCCUGCCG